AUGACGACUAUUUCCAAUCUCCUUCUCUAUUUGUGCAAAACAUUCAACACAGCUUAUACUAAGACUAUAAAGGGUCUUAGUGUCGACGAACAGAAGUAUAUAGAAUCUCGAUCUAAGGUAACAAAGGCUCAUAUCCGACAAUUGUUUGAGGAUAAUAAGAUCCCUCACUUUGACUUUGAUCAGUUCAAGUUAUCGCGAACACAGGGGAUCUCCCUUGCGUUGGCUAUAUCUGGAGGUGGUUAUAGAUCAAUGCUUCUUGGUGCAGGUAUCCUAUCAGCAUUCGAUAAUAGAAGUCCAUCAAAUUCCAACGAAUCGAGUCUCGGUUUCCGCGUACAAGGGUUGUACCAGGCACUCUCAUACAUUGGAGGUAUUAGUGGGGGAUCUUGGCUUGUGGUUAGUAAUUUCAUCAACGAUAACACCCCUCUAUGGAAAAUGCAAGAUACUAAUGAAUCAGUAUGGAAUAUCGACCAGACUCUUCUACAGGGGAUCCUGGAGCUCGAUCCGUCACAGGUCCAACAAAAACUAUAUGCUGAUGCAAAGCAGAGUCCCAAAGGAUCCAACGAUAUGUUGUGGAUGUCAUGGCUAUCAGGAUUGUUGUUUGAACAGAAAAUGACAAAGAGCAUCCACAAAAGACAUAUAGCUGACAUGAUUUACUCUAAGGGUGGAUUUUUUGAUAACCUUGUUCAAUCAAUGAUUGGCCAGAAGAAGAAGGGGAACUCAACUGCAGUAGCGUUUAUUACCAAGCCUUCAUCAUCACCAAAUAAUUCAACAAGUAAGGUAGCCAGCGGUCUAUUUGCUUACUAUGAACGAUUGCAUUCUGAAGUGAAGGCUAAAAGACAAGCAGGCUAUUACAUCUCUCUUACUGAUUAUUGGGGAAGAGCCCUAUCAUACAAUGUGUUUGCAGCAGAUAAACAGAACCCAGGUAUUUCCCUUUCCAUGGCAACAAACAACCCUUCCUUUCUACGCCAUCAACAGCCAUUCCCUAUAGUGGCAUCUAUCAGCACCAAUCUUACUUCUUCCAACUGCUACAAUUCAUUUCUCAUGGAGUUCACUCCCUAUGAGUUCGGGUCAUGGGACUCUUAUCUUAAGGCUUUUGUUCCCGUUAAGUACUUGGGUACUCCGUUUUACAAUGGCACUUCUGCUAUCCCUACGGAGCUUGCAAACACUUCAAUGUGUAUUCUGGGAUACGAUACAGCCAGUUUUGUUAUGGCCACCUCGUCGUCACUUUUCAACAGAGUGCUAUUAGUGUUGUACCAGUUUCUUUCCAACUCAGCCCUCAAAUCAUUAGCUGCUGUAGAGGCCUCCCUUAAGCUUAUAGGAUUAGGACCAGAUCUAGUCCAUUUGAAGAACCCUGAGUUCCAUUUGGGCCAAGCCGUGAUAUCACCAAAUCCCUUUUAUGGGUUCCAUAAAGGUGCAAAAGAUAACAGAGACUUGCUGCUCACCCAGAAUAGAGAUAUGUUUCUUAUUGACGGAGGCGAUGACGGACAAAACAUUCCAUUCCAACCAUUCCUUGUACCAGAGAGGCCAGUGGAUGUGAUACUUGCUUACGAUAUGACGGCAGAUUGGAAUGGGUAUCCCAAUGGAACCACUCUAAACCAAUCUCAGAGAAGAUACCAUAGUGCAAAUAGCACCAUGAACAACGGAUUCAAUCUUGCCACAAACAUGAACUCCACAUUUUCCUCAAAUAGAUUUAUUGGGAACUUGGACUUUGCUGUUCUUCGUCAGAUCCGUGAUCCAAACCAACUUAUAUUUACUACUCUGAGAGGUGAAACGUACACUGUUGCACACUUUUUGUUCAAUGCCUGGAUGAAGAUCAUCUGCGUCACGCUUACCUUCCCUGCUGCUAUUGCAGAAAGAGGACGUAUUUUCCCAAUGUUUGUGUUUUUCUUAUGUUGGCUGGUGAUAAUCUACAACCCUGUUACAUACUGGUUCUGGAAUAGGAAUGGCUGGCUUUCUGUCGAAUACAACAAGUUCCCAGUAUUAGACUUUGCUGGAGGUAAUUGUAUUCACAUUGUGUGCGGGUUUACGGGAGUUGCUUACUCUUAUAUUUUAGGUCAUCGGAAUCCAAAAAUAUUGUACAAUUACAAGCCAUAUAAUAUUGGUUACAUUGUUAUUGGAACUGUUUUCAUAGUGUUUGGUUGGUGUGGAUUUAUAGCUGGAUGUGAAUUCACCUUCUCAAUUUCCAGUAUCCUAAUCUUUAUAUCGACUGUUUUAACAUCAUGUGUGGGUGGUUUGGUAUGGCUGGCUAUUGAUUAUUAUUAUUCAGCAAUUCCUCUUGAAGACCAGAAUGAGUUACGAUCACCUCAACCAACUCAGGAGACCCCUUCUGGAUCUUUCCCUCUAAUAAAUCGAAUAAGAUCUGGUUCCGGAGAUUGUACAGUGCUCCGUAAGAGGAGGUCACUUUCUAUGGAAGGUAGUCGAAGAUCACUCGAAACUCAUACUUCUCAACUACAACUAUUAUCAGUUGUUUCCCGUAAUACUGGUUUAGAUUGCAGAAGAUACAAGGAGCUGUUACUCCUGCUUGGACCAACAAGAAAGCUAUCUAUGGUUUCAUUUUGUUCAGGUGCUAUGGCAGGCUUAGUAUGCUUUACUCCUGGUGGUGGAUAUGUUGUAUCACCUACCUCACUUUGGAAAUCAUUUGUUUAUGGUGUUGUAGGAGCAGUAGUAGGGAAUGUUGCAACACGAUUGAAAUACGUAUUUGGAUUGGACGAUGUUUUUGAUCUUGCAGCUAUUCAUUUAUGUUGUGGUUGGGCAGGAUCCUUAUUGACAGGGUUACUAGCAGAAGCCAACUAUAAAUCCAAAGGAGGGUGGAUUGCCCACCAUUGGAUUCAAUUUGCAUAUCAGAUAUUAGGUUGUACUGUCACUAGUAUCUAUGUUCUUAUUAUGAGUAGCGUGCUACUAUAUGUUAUUGACGUCAUUCCUGGAUUGCACUUACGAUUAGAUAAGAACUUCAAUGCCCGAUUGAGACAAGAAUUGAGUGGAACUAAGAAUCCAAAGGAAGAAGAGGGUUUAAAUUCACCGGAUGACGAAGAAGAAUUGGAAUUGAUGGGAACAGAUGAAUAUGAAUUCAAUGGUGAAUUUAUUUCUGAUUAUGUUGAGUUUAUCCGAGUUUUGAGUCCGGAAGAUUAUGAAGGAAUGCACGAAGCCACCACCACAAAUCAUAUGGAAGUUUUUGACUCUGCUCCUGAGAAUGUUGGCUACAUAUCUGACUACAACCCACAACGACACGACAAAGGAGAAUGA